AAUUUCUUUAUCCAUAAACGACUCUUGAUACUGAUUCUGUAUAAUAAAGACCAAUUUUUAUUGAACACUUAUAAAGUAGAAUCUUACAUGUCGUAAAAAUAAUUCAAAAUUAAAUAAUAAAGGCAAUAUUUACAGUUAAGUGUAAGGAUACUCACAAAUGCCUGUAACUACAACCCCAAACAGCAUGGCGGACUCGGCACUGACGCUUGAUGAUCUGCAGGGAAUGAAGGUGGCAGAUCUGAAGACACAUCUGAAGAACUUAGGUCUUCCUGUUAGUGGGAACAAAGCUGACCUUGUUCAGAGGUUACAGGAACACUUUGCCUCAGCUAAUGAAGAUUUGCUGAAUGAUGAUCUGGAUGACGUAUUAACAGAGGACCCACCACCCAAACCUGCCGCCCAGCCAACCACAGCAACCAAAAAACCUGUAACAGUUAAACCUUUGCAAGAGAAGAGACAAUCUGUGACACUGACCAAUAACGCCAUUGGCGGGGGCGGUGACCAUGUGACCAAAGUCUCAGGAAUGACUGACGCGGAGAGAUUGGCAGAAAGGGCAAAAAAGUUUGGAGUAGUUUCAGAAGAAGCUAAAAAGAAACUGAGAGCAGAAAAGUUUGGGCUUCCAGUUCCAGCUGACACAAAAACUAAAACAUCUGGAAACAUAACAACUGCUCCAGCUGCAGACUUAGAGAAGCUGAAGAAAAGAGCAGAGAGAUUUGGCAUAACAACUUCAUCCACUCUGUCAAAUGUCGAUAAACAAGAGAAGUUGCUGAAGAGAAAGGAAAGAUUUGGCGUGGUUGUGGGUACCACAAAUUCUGACGUUGAGGAGAAAAAGAAGAAGAGGGCAGAAAGGUUUGGUCUGACGUGAAAAAGAUGACAAGUAGGGCCAGGGAAAUUAGGAAACAAGAACUUUUUUUUUCUCAGAAAAUUAGUGCUGUAUGUGUUUUAUUUAUUGUUACGCAAAUGAUGUUAAAGAGAACCCCAAACACUGAAAGAGAGUACAGUUUUUUACAUUGUGAAUAAUCACACUCACAUUCUCAGACUGUACCAAGUGACUUUCUAAUACCAGAAAUAGUUUUGCUUUGUAUCAUUACAUGUCUUUUAAUUGGGAAAGAUAUGAAGAAUGUGGACUGUCGUAAGUAAAUGGUUCAAUUCAAAAUCUUUGAAUUUGACCCGAUUUCCAUGGUAGUUAAAAAUACAGUGAGAGUUAUCUUGUUAAAGGCAGCAUAUACAAUGGUAUAGCACUUACAGCUCUUGGUAACAGAACACAACCAUUUUUGUAUGAAUUAAGAACAAAUAGAAAAAAUGUAUGUGUUUUGUACUUGUAAGCCUGUAUGGUCGGUAGCUUUUUAUUUUAUUUAACUAUAUAUUUAUUUCCAUUGAUAUGGUUUAUUGACAAUAAAUUAUCUGUGUUGAAAAAAAUUGGUAACUAAAAGUAAUUGUUUAUUGUAGUAUUAGUUAAGUAGUGGAAGAAGUAUUUUUUUACAUUGAAAAAUGUUUAAAAAUCUGCAGUGAAAUGGUAAUUUUAUAACUUAAAUUUGAAGAUCUUGUCAAUGAAAAGAGUGACGGUGAUUUUAAUAUGAAACUACAUAUGAACGAUAAGUACAGUAUUUAUUUUAGUGACAUCAUUAUAGGAAAAUUGGUGACAUUUUGAUAACAGUUUAGAUUGAGACUAUUUUCUGUCACCUUUUAUAAAAUUUGGUUACAAAUUAUGACUGAAGCAGUGGGCCUUUCAUUGGGUAAAUACAUAUUUAUUCAGAGAGAUUUUUUGUAGUAAUUUUUCUUUUUAAAGAGUAGUGUACUAAUUCACUGCCUGCUCUUUUUUUCACAUACGAAAACCCAUAGCAUUAUUGAAGAGAUAUGUGGUCAGUUACACAAAGCCUUCAUAAAGUAACAGCUCAUUGCCAUUAGGCUGUUCUGCUGAACCAUUCCUGUUGAAGGGGUAUUAGUACAAGAAUCACUCAAUAACAGACUUGAAUUGUAACUUCUUAGAGUAGUUGAUAAAUAACAACUAUCGGAUGAUUUAGAGUCAUUUGAAUUUGAAAAGGGUUUGAAGUGGUACCUGUAGAGAAAGAAACUUUGGUGUGUAAAUAGGAAAAUAAAUUUUUUAUUACAUUACA